UGCAAGAAUUGUACAGAAAACGAGUAUGGCCACUGGGAAUGUCUGAAGCCUCUCGGGUAUCUACGAAUGGCAUGUCCGCAUUGUGCACAUACUGAACAGUGCGGAAACCAAAUAGCUUCCCAGACUGGGCACGUCUACACGACAUGCUCCAAGCCU